CACCCAGCCCCUCUCCCCCCAGCCGAGGCCCGAGCGCUGCCACAGCCUGAGCCGACCCCGCACUGACCACCAUGGACACCGGAGUCAUCGAAGGGGGUCUCAAUGUCACACUCACCAUCCGGCUACUCAUGCACGGAAAGGAGGUGGGAAGCAUCAUUGGGAAGAAAGGGGAGUCCGUGAAGAAGAUGCGUGAGGAGAGCGGAGCUCGCAUCAACAUCUCGGAAGGGAACUGCCCCGAGCGGAUCAUCACCCUCGCGGGACCCACCAACGCCAUCUUCAAAGCUUUUGCGAUGAUCAUUGACAAACUGGAAGAGGACAUCAGCAGCUCUAUGACCAACAGCACAGCUGCCAGCCGGCCUCCGGUCACCCUCCGGCUUGUGGUCCCUGCCAGCCAGUGCGGGUCCCUCAUUGGCAAAGGAGGCUGCAAGAUCAAGGAGAUCCGAGAGAGCACGGGGGCACAGGUCCAGGUGGCAGGAGACAUGCUGCCCAACUCGACUGAGCGAGCCAUCACCAUUGCUGGGAUCCCACAGUCCAUCAUCGAGUGCGUCAAACAGAUCUGCGUCGUCAUGCUUGAGUCUCCCCCGAAGGGUGUCACCAUCCCGUACCGACCCAAGCCAUCCAGCUCUCCUGUCAUCUUUGCAGGCGGCCAGCUGACCAAGCUGCACCAAUUGGCAAUGCAACAGUCACACUUUCCAAUGUCUCAUGGCAACACUGGAUUCAGUGGCGUUGACUCCAGCUCUCCAGAGGUGAAAGGCUAUUGGGGUUUGGAUGCCUCUGCCCAAACCACCUCCCAUGAACUCACCAUUCCAAACGAUCUGAUUGGCUGCAUCAUCGGGCGUCAGGGCGCCAAGAUCAACGAGAUCCGCCAGAUGUCCGGGGCUCAGAUCAAGAUUGCCAACCCCGUGGAGGGCUCCACUGACCGGCAGGUGACCAUAACUGGAUCUGCAGCGAGCAUCAGCCUGGCCCAGUAUCUAAUUAAUGUCAGGUGA